AUGAUAACCAUCAUUGAAGUUAAAAACAUUCUUAAAAUGCAAUCUGAUCUGCCAUUCGAGUUUCAGCUAAGCGGUAGAUUCAUUCACGGUCAGUAUAUAUAUGCAAGUGCGGUAGUAGAGGGAACAGAUGUGAGUAGAUCGAAAGGAGAAAAGGCCAGAAUAGUUAGCCCCAACAUCACAACAUCAGACAAGGGUAAACUACUUCGUUUUUACCGUCAUAUGUACGGCAAUGGAUUAGGAGCCCUCAACGUAUAUAUUCUCUUUGAUGGUGUAGUUAAGCUUCCCAGAUCAACUUGGCGGCGGACAGCCAGCAAAGGGCGGGGUUGGAAACUAGGCGAAGUCCUAUUACCAACGAAUGCAGUUUUUCAGAUCGUAUUUGAGUCGGUUAUCGGAAAAAAUAAAUUUGGUGAUAUUGCAAUAGAUGAUAUAACAAUUGAAGAUAUAUCAUGGGAUUGCAAUUUUGAAAGAGACAUGUGCGAAUUUCAACAGUAUGAUCAGGAUGAAUUUGACUGGUGGAGCAACAGUGGUAAAACCAGUACCAAAGGAACUGGUCCGCCAAUUGAUCACACGAGAGAAACAUCUAAAGGAACGUAUAUGUACAUAGAAGCAACAUAUCAGAUUGGCCACGACAGUGCUAUACUCAUAAGCAGACCUUUCGUAAAAGACCCGGAUAGAUACUGUGGGUUGUCGUUUUUUUACCAUAUGAAUGGGGACCAUAUAGGGGCGCUGAAGUUGCAUCUUCUCUACGGUAACAAAACAGGCUUCGAUCAGGCAAUCUGGUCAGACUCAACUAACCAUGAUAACAAUUGGAUAGAGAAGGUUGCUUACUUAAAUAAAGUCACUGGGUUGUUCCAAUUUGCGUUCGAAGGUGUGAGAUCAGUAGAUGGUCAUAAAGGUGACAUUGCUAUUGAUGACGUCAAGCUCCUAGGCAGUGGGUGUUCUGUCUUCCCAGGAGAUUUUGUUCCUGGCAACUGUUCAGCAAGUCCCUGUAAAAAUAGCGCGUCAUGUAUUGAGAUGGUUGGUGGUGUCGUCUGUAAUUGUACCAUCGGCCAUUCAGGAAAGCUUUGUGAGACAGUAAACCUCUGUGCAUUCAAACCGUGCCAUAAUGGCGGGACGUGUAUGACGGUGGGAGAAGGGUUUGCAUGUCGCUGUUCAUCUGAGUGGUCAGGAACAACUUGUAAAGAAAGUACUAUAGUUUCUACGGUGUCGUGGCAGAAAGCUACAAAAGAGUUGGCACCAACAACACCACCAAACCUACCCUCAGCUAGAAUAAUUAAUAAGCCAACUAGAGCAUACUCCACACCACCAGAAGAAACGACUAAGUUAACCUCUUCAUCUGCUCGACAUUCAAAGCCAGAAGGCACAACUCCCCUAACACUUUCUCCAAGAGUACCUUCCAUUCCACCUUUACCGGUUGUCAUCACUCACCAACCUGUGUCCGCCUACCCCUUCCGCCUACUCACGACUAGUACAGAUGCUGGAGGCAGAGAUGGUGACAUCACAGAUGCAGCAGGCAAGGGCGUAGACAUAGUCGUCACAGACGCAACCAGCACAUAUAUAGACGUUACAGAUAGUGCAGACUUAGUAACAACCAAACCAAUAACUCACAUUGAUUACUGUAAUGUGCAUAGGUGUAUCCAUGGAGAUUGUUUUAAUGAAAAUAAUGGAUAUCGUUGCCAAUGUUUACCUGGUUGGAAAGGAAACAAUUGUGAUGAAGAUUUGGACGAGUGCACAGAAGUAUUGGACACAUGCGCAAAUAACGGAACAUGCGUGAACACUGAAGGAUCAUACACGUGUACAUGCGCAGAUGGUUGGAUGGGUAAGGACUGCCAGCUGGAAUGUGAAGAUAACAAUUACAAUUGUGACUACUGGGCAGGCACAAAGGAAUGUACUAUAAACCCAAAUUAUAUGCUAAAAUAUUGUCAAUUUAGCUGCGGAGUAUGCCAACCUUACGAGUGCGUGGACCGACAUGAGAAUUGUGCUCUAUGGGCCAGUAUUGGUGAAUGCAACAAUAAUCCAUUCUAUAUGCUAGGGAUGUGCCACAGGAGCUGUGGCGUUUGUAUAGACGACGAGUGUUCAGUACACCCAUGUCAAAAUGGAGCAACGUGCACAGACCUCGAAAACAGUUAUUCCUGCGCAUGCUCACCUGGAUGGGGAGGAGUUAAUUGUCAUGUUCCUCUGAACGAGUGCAAUAGUGAUCCGUGUCAAAAUAAUGGAACAUGCAUUGAUUCGAUAGCAUAUUACGAGUGUGUUUGCACUGAUGGAUACGAGGGUGUACAUUGCGAAAAUGAAACUGAUCACUGUUCUAGUGAACCUUGUCUAAACGGUGGAGUUUGUGACGACACAGGACUAGCUUAUUUGUGCACAUGUGCAGAUGGAUUCUCUGGCGUAUCUUGCGAAAAUGAUACGAACGAGUGCUUAAGUAACCCUUGUUUACACGGUGGCACUUGCUUGGAUCAAGCCUCUAGUUACCUGUGUGAAUGUCCAGAGGAAUGGACUGGAGAAUAUUGCCAACAUGAUUUUGACGAAUGUCAAAGCAAUCCCUGCAGGAAUGGAGGGUCGUGUUACCACGGAAUUGGACACAGGUUCUACCUUUGUCGAUGCCCAGAUGGUUAUGAGGGCAUUAAUUGUGACUACGAAAUUGAUGAAUGUCAAAGUUCACCAUGCAAACGAGGUGCUACUUGUUUGGAUUUGAUGAACCGGUAUGAAUGUGUUUGUGAACCCGGAUGGACUGGUUCCCAGUGUCAGUUAGACAUCAACGAGUGUGCCAGUAAACCAUGUCUGAACGAAGCGAAAUGUUUGGACCUGGUAAACCAUUAUACAUGCCUUUGCCCACCGCUGUAUUCUGGAACAAAUUGCGAGAUUCGUGUGAGCAGAUGUGCGAAGUCUCCAUGUCUAAACGGCGGUACUUGUAACGAAUUAUCGAAUAAUAUAAAAAAUUUAUGUCACUGUACAUCACAAUGGGAAGGAAUCUACUGUGAAAUAUCUAAAAUUGUUCCAACGACUCCUGCUCCAACGACUACAUCAAUAACAACAACAGUUACCAAGCUAACUACAACUAAAGUAAGCCUCACUACGGAAGAACCUGAAAUAUCGGGAGGCGGGUCAUCUGCGGUCGUAUCAACCCCAAGAUUCAAACCAACAAAGAGCAAGUUUGAAGCGUCGACAAACAAAUUAUCUACACAAGUACCAUCUACAGAAAACCCUUCAACACCAAAGUUAUCAACGCGUAAAUCGUUGACAUCAAAACCAACAACAAGACCAGCAACACCUAAAAAAUCUACACCAAUACCAUUAACAACGUUAUUAACGAAAUCUACUGUUAAACAGAGAAUUGUAACCUCUCCUACACAGAGGACACUGACAACUGCAGAUGGAUCGGUAGCGGAAACUAACAAAGCCCCAAAAAAGCAUGAGACAAGUUUGUUUCUCAUCAUCGCUAUUGCAGCUGGUACAUUUACUGUAGUUAUAAUUAUUUUAAUACUGAUUGGUGUUAGGAUAUGUCGACGUAAUAAUGGCGGCAGGUACGAGCAAUUUCCGUUAGACUCGACCGCAGGCGGGAUGACAUGGGCGAGUGAAAGCAGCGGUGGUAGUCUCUCCUACCAAAAAUUCAUGGACUGUGAACCGACGUUAGAUGAUGCAAGCUCAUUCAGAGAAAAUUCUUCACUCUAAGAUCAGAUGUUAAAUUUAAUAUGCAGGUCUAACAAUUGUUGAUAAUUGUACAAAAAUAAUGUUCGUGCAUUAAGAAAUACUUUACCGUACCCUAGUCUUUUUCCUAUCCAGUGUUCAAUUAGUAGGCCCUCUUAUAUCUCCUGUCCUCUGGAGGGUUGGUGACAAUAACGUACAUUAGUAAGAGUCUUGAAGGGUACCUCCCAUUAUAUUUUAAAUGGUGAUGGAAAAUUGAAUCUGAUAUCUCACUAAUGAGUUUACCAACCCUUGGGUAUAUCAACAAUUAUAAUUCUGUGACGUUACAAGUGCAUAUUUCUGAUAUUAUUCCAGGAAAAGAAUACCUGUAUUUCUUAUCGUUUUUUUAUUUUUUUUAUUUUUCUAUUAUUAUUUAUUAUGAUUUUUUAAUAAGAAAUGUCAAAUACCAGAAUAUAUGCUAUGCAAAUGUCUUCUAUUUCCAAAAGUGAUGUUAAAUGUUAAAACAUAGCUGAUGUCAUGAUGUUGAUGUAUUAAAGUGAAUGUGACAAAAGGCUUUCAGUAACUGACGUCACAAAUUGGUUAAUAAAAUAGACAGAUUUUGUGCCUAUAUUUUUAUUGUUUUAAGAAAUGAUGAAUGCGAUUUUAAUGAGAGACGCGUGGUGGAAGUUAUAAAAGACUCAAUAGAUUAUUUAUAUAGCUUUUCUCAUUUUAGGCUAAAUAGACCUAGUAUGAACUGAAUGUACACUGCAGUCAUCAUCCAUUUGACAAGUUUGGAAACGUCUGACAGUAAAACCAUUUGGUCUGUAUAGAAUCUUAGAUUUAAAUAUUUCAGAAAUAUAUUUAUUUAAAUUCAGUACUUUUGAGUCAAAAUCAACUAGGACCAUAUUCCUAUAAAAAGGCCAUAAUGAGAUUUGGAUAAUUAUGAUAAAACCACCAAUCACAAGUUCUACAUUCCAAGUUAGGGCGUAUAAAAACACUGGAUUUAAUUAAAAAUCUUAGAAGUAAAAAUAA